CCUGCUAGUGGAGUUAGCAAUAGCACGCUAGUCCCCAGAAGCAGUCGGCCAGCCUGUCAGUCCGAGUGGUGGUGCAUUUGUAAAUCCCCUCCUACCUUUCCGUUGGUAAACCAAAGACGGCUGUGUGGUUUUCUUCGGGGGCCAGCUGCUUUAUCCCUACGAGCCACUAGCUAUAUAACGUUGUUGUCCUUACCGUUACGAACGGAAUUCGCCUUGGGACAUGGCCAGACCAGAACAAGUCCUGGUGCUAGAGCCACAACACGAACUGAAAUUCAGAGGUCCGUUCACAGAUGUUGUCACUGCUACCUUGAAGCUUACCAACCCCACAGAUAGAAAUGUGUGUUUCAAAGUCAAGACAACUGCACCUCGCAGAUACUGUGUGCGCCCAAACAGUGGCAUCAUCGACGCUGGAACCUCCAUCAAUGUUUCUGUUAUGCUACAGCCCUUUGACUAUGACCCCAAUGAAAAGAGCAAACAUAAAUUCAUGGUGCAGUCCAUGCUGGCUCCUUAUGACAUGACUGACAUGGAAGGAGUUUGGAAGGAGGCAAAGCCUGAAGAACUGAUGGAUUCAAAGUUGAGAUGUACAUUUGAGAUGCCUCUAGAAAAUGAUAAAACUCAUGAGAGUGAAAGCAACAAAACUGUGUCUUCCUCUACCUCUGUUAAGACUGAACACUCUGUGCUGCCUAAGUCAGCCAGUGUCUCGCUGGAUGACGGUGAGGUGAAGAAGAUCAUGGAAGAGUGCAAGCGGCUGCAGAUGGAGGUUCAGAGGCUACGGGAAGAAAACAAACAGAUCAGGGAGGACGACGGUCUGCGGAAGAGAAAGGUGACAUCAGUGGCUGCUUCUCACUCCUCUAACACCAUGACAACCACGGCCAUGAGGGACGAAGGCCUGAGCACCCGUGUCCUGGCGCUCUGCUUGCUCUUCUUUGUGAUUGGAGCCAUCGUUGGCAAGCUGGUCCUGUAGAGACACUGAUGGACAGCACAGUGACAGACGGACGGAUGGACAGCUUGCUCAGCACUAUGUGUCAAUGGUGGAAACGGGGAUGUCUUCUGGGUUUGAAGUGUUUAAAACUAAUGAAGGCAAUCCUGAGUUAAACCACGAGUGUGAGCGUUUUUGUCACAGUUCCGGCCUUUUUCUUUUCUUUUCUUUCUUUUUCUUUUUGUGAAAUAAUGACCACCUGUGAUCUGUUAUUUCCGUCCAUCUCUUCUUCCUAAAUGAUCUUCCCCAACUUGCACAGAUAACAGUUCAUGGUGUGAUGGUGGCUUCACACUGGCUGAAUGUUUAAAGUCUUUCAUUGAUUCUUAGAUUUUAAGCUCUCAUUCAUGUUCUUUAACUUCUGAUGAUCUCUCUUCUUCUCAUUACUGAUAAUCUGCAAGAAGAAGUAAACGCAGCUGAUCAGUGAAAGACUUUUUCUAAGCUCAGACUUAAUGUAUUGACUUCUAAACGGUUUGUGGUUAAAACAAAAAAUAUAUAAAUAUAAAUAUAUAUACAUAUAUGAGCCAGUAGAAGCCGCAUUUGUGUCUUGUUGAUUUUGCCUCCUGCAGGUGCGCUGAUGUGACUGUGUGGAUGUUUUUAUGUGAGGAGACUGCAAACAGUGAAAUCGCAGGUUGCUUUAGAACAAAGGAAGAGGGCUGCUUUAAAAAAAACUGUCAUCUGAGCAGGUUUCCUGUAUACAACAGAAAAAAUAAAGGGUGUUUAUUGGAAAUCAUGGUUGAAACUUUUGAUGAUUUCAGUCUCCAUCUAGACAGAGAAAUCUGUUGUAAUUCAGUAAAUCAAUUUUUGGGUCAUUAAUAAAAUUACAACUGAGUAAAAUCAAGGUAUUGAUUAUGAAUUCAUGCUGUGUAUACAUUAAUUUACAAAACAAGGCUGGACUUUAAUUUCAAACAUUAGUUUCCUGAUAUUUGUCCUGAUCUGUGGUUCAGUCACACCAGGCUACUAGCAAACCAACUUAUACAUUUUUAAUAAACUGAGUAUUUAACAGUUUUGCCCAUGAAGGAUGGAUUUUCUAUCCUUGUUUUUCUUUUUUUGUUGUUGUUGUUCUCCUGUAUUAUCACAGUCACAAUGCUUCUGUUAUUAUCAAAUGCACUAUAUGCAAUUGUGCACUCCGCAGCCUGCAUGAAAUGGCCUGGAUCUAUAUGAUUAUUUUUUUGAGUGAUAGAAUUAUAUAAGCAAAAAAAAAAAAAAACUUCAGAAGGGACCAUCUUUGGUUUAUCAUUUUGUCUUUUAUUUCAUUUUGAUCAGCUGUUCAUUUAUUUCCUGUUGGGCUCUGGUAGUUGUAUGAUAACACAGCUGUAUUAUCUUGGCUAUUUCAUGACCAUCUCGGCAAACUUGGUUGUUUUUUCUAGAGACACAUCUGCAUUUUUCAUUCCCUGAUGAGUUUGGGGAGCAGAGAUGUGUGGAUGUUGUCUUCUGACAGGAAUUCUGUGAAUACACACUACGUUAAAGGAAAAAAAAAAGCAUCAAGGCUUCAAACCAUGCCUGCACCAAUACA